AUGUUCGCGGACGACACGGACAGACGACGCAGCACGCAGAGUGCGGCCACGCGCCGCCACGAGGAUGACGGACCGCACGUCAAGGCUCCCGCUGCUCGCCUCGCGCUCAUGUGUGCAAAGCGAUCACCCGCUCUCCCUCACAUCCACUCCGCCAUGCUUCGCGUGAGACCCUCAUUGUGUCGCGCACCGACCCAAAUUCAUCGCAUUAAUCGUCGCGCGGAUCGCCCGCAGCCGCCUCCUCCGUGGCGCGACGCCAUGCCGCGUUUCUCCACCAUACUGAGCGUCGCGGCGCUGCCUGUGCUGCUUGCUGCGAACGUUGCGGUUCGGCUGACAGUCGCGCCCCAUUUCCGAAGCGCGCUGACUGAGCCCGGCGAGACGGCGAGGAAGGCACGGCGCGUGGCGGCGGUGCGGGUGGUGGACACCGUGCGUGGCAGCUCCCCCAACGCCGCCACGCCGCCAUGGCCGUUUGCCCACCCGUUAGCGGGCCGGGGGGGUCCCCGUACUGCACUCCCCUGCUCAACUCUCCCCCCCACCCCCUCCUCUUACUACACGCGCUUCCCUCACUACCUCUCCCCUUCCUCCCUCGCUGCAUCCCUUCCGCCGUGCGCGCAGCAGUCAUGGCGGGCGCGCCUGCUGCCCGCGUGCAGCCCGUCACCGCCACCAACGUCUCCCCCCCGCCCGCCCCCAAGCCCCCUCUGCUGCUGCGCCGGCGCAAAGGGGGACAGGGGACACGCUGGGGGGCGACCUGCGCGAGGCAGAAAGGGGGGGCGGAGAUGGGGAGGAGGGGGGGAUGAUGACGGUGCCGGUGGCAGCAUGCGACGCACAGCCGCAUGUGCACGGGGCGUGCGCCUCCGCCUCGCACUCCUCAUGCUGCCCCCUCCCCUCCCCUCCCCUCCCCUCUCCUCCCCUCCCCUCCCCUCCCCUCCCCACCCCUCCCCUCCCCUCCCUUCCCCUCCCCUCCCCUCCCCUCCCCUCCCCUCCCUUCCCCUCCCCUCCCCUCCCCUCCCCUCCUCUCGCCUCCCCUCAGCUUCCCAUCGCCUGCACUAUGAGUGUGCGGCGCGCCCUCCUCUGCACGGUGCGCGCUGCUCCCUGCGCAUGCCAUGCGUGCCGUGUGCCAGCAGGGCGACUGCUGGAGCACCCCUCGCAGGCGCCACCGCUCUUGCGCCUGCUCCGCUGCAGUGCCGCGCCGUGCAGGGCGCCUCGCUGCACCUCCCCUGCAGCACGCUGCUGCGCUCAUGUCAUGGCCCUCCAUGCUCGCUGCUGCACCACUCCUGCACGCCGCCCUUCCCAGCCCCUUCCACCAUUCUCCCUCGCCUCGCUCACUCAUGCCAACUCUCUCCACCGUUUCCCCUCCCAUUUCCUCCUCCAUUCUGGCCUCUUCUGCGCUGUUCUUUGCUUUCCCAUGGCUCUCUACCUCCCCGCCCUUACAAUGUGAACCUCCCCACCCCUUUCCCACCAGCCAUACGCCUUCCCAUUUUCAUCCUCGUCUUCUCCCCAUCGCCCCAUUCCAUGCGCCUGCCCCUGCUGGGGGCCGUCGCGCCAUGCCCUUGCAUCCCUUGCAUGUGCGCUCACCCCGCCCCAUGCCCUCCAACUCCUGCGCCCUCUCCCUCCUGCGCACUCCCCCUCACCCCCGCUCUCCUUUCCGCUUUAUCCCUUCCUUUUCCCCUGCCCUUCCUCCCCCUCUUCCUUCCGCGCCCGGGCCCCUCCCCGCUCCCUUCACCCCCCUGCGCCAUUGACCCCCCCUCGCACCUGUGCAGCGCACCACACAGCACAUGGGCCCACGUCCCUCUGGGCCACCUCUUGCUGCGCACGCCCCCUGCGCUGCUCGCGUCUCUGCUCUCGCCCGUGGCGUCUGCGAUGCACCACCUCCACCCCAGCGCGCGCACCCUUGCCAAUGCUGCUGCCCGCCAUGCACGCGCUCCCCCCCCCCCCCCAGCGCCAACUCGGCACCGCCCACCUGCGCCACAGCAGCCGCCAGGUGACGUGCGCACAGGGGAGUGCAUGGGAAAGGAGAGAUGGGAGGGAACAUGGACUGUGGCGUCACCAAAGGGGCGGCGUGCACUGCACAGUGACCAGCAGCACGAGGGGGAGAAGGCCAGGGACGUGCAAGGCAUGCACUGCCACGUUCUGCCUCGUGCUGCCUGCCAGGUGAGUGCUGCCUUCAUGCCCGCUCCUGCUCCACCCUGCACCUCACACCGCUGCUCUCUGUGCCAUCACUGCCACCCCCCUGCUUCACCUGCACUCCCUGUGCCCAUCCCUCUCUGCUCAUGCGCGCUCCCCCUCUGCUCCCCUGCAUGUGUGGCUGUGUGCACAAGCAGAGCAGCGCAGGCAAGCAGGGAGAGGAGGGAGAGGCAGGAGGUGAGUGCUGUGCUGGUGGUGGCAGGGAUGCCACGAUUGCCACACACAGAGGGUGCUGCUGCCUAUCACGAACAAAUAUGGCUGAGGCCUGCUGACCAAGGCACGAGCGCCCGUUGA